AGAAAGGAGAAAGAGGAGGGGGUUGGUGUCUCAUAUUUAUAGUGGUCCCACAGAUCCCUCCUUACAGACUUACAGAACAACAGGUGAAGCGGACCAUACAGGGCAGUCUAGUCCCCAACCCAGGGGUCCACACACGUCCAAACCAAAGACAAAUACUCUCCAUCUCUCUCUCUUUCUCCUUGUCUACUCCUCUCUGUCUCCUCAUUUGCCUCCUUGGGUUCCAGGUCUGAGUUCCAACCAUCCAAGGUCUUCAAUUAUGUUCAUCAGUAACAGAGUCUGGAUGGAGGAAGAGCAGCAACACAGUUGGAAUUAAAACGGUUUGAAGCUACUACUUGGACAAGCUGACAAGGUUUUAUUCGUCCUCAUCUAUAAAGCCAUGGAGCAGCCCAUGCUGAAAGCCAGAUCACCAGUGGGUCAGAUGUGUUCGGUGGUGGCCCCCGCCUCGGCCAAGCAGCCUUCCUCCGCCAGCUCUCCCUCUACAUCCAACACCAUUGGCCCCAAGGAGGUGGAGCUGAUUCUGGUGAAGGAGCACAACGGGGUCCAGUUUACCACCUCCACCUUGGUCAGCCCUGCUGGUCACCCCCACGGCCAUGGCCAUGCUCUGGGCCCCAGCCACGGACACACCCCUGUCCCUGGAGAAGAGAGGGAGACCUGGGGGAAGAAGAUCGACUUUCUCCUGUCGGUGAUAGGGUUCGCUGUGGACCUGGCCAACGUGUGGAGGUUCCCCUAUCUCUGCUAUAAGAAUGGAGGAGGAGCGUUCCUGGUGCCCUACAUGUUCUUCAUGGUGAUAGCAGGCAUGCCUCUGUUCUACAUGGAACUGGCUCUGGGUCAGUACAACAGAGAGGGGGCUGCAGGCGUCUGGAAGAUCUGCCCCAUAUUCAAAGGUGUUGGUUUCACAGUGAUCCUGAUCAGUCUGUAUGUGGGCUUCUACUACAACGUGAUUAUAGCUUGGGCCCUGUUCUACCUGUUCUCUUCCUUCACCGGGGACCUGCCCUGGGUCCACUGCAACAACACCUGGAACAGCCCCAACUGCUCCGACAUCUGGGCCUUCAACAACUCCCUCAACGACACACACAAGUCCACCCCCGCAGCCGAGUACUUUGAGCGUGGGGUGCUCCACCUGCAGGACAGUGAGGGUAUAGCUGACCUGGGUCUGCCUCGUUGGCAGCUGACGUCCUGUCUAGCUGUGGUCAUCGUGGUUCUCUACUUCAGCCUCUGGAAGGGGGUCAAGACCUCAGGGAAGGUUGUGUGGAUCACAGCCACCAUGCCCUACGUGGUCCUGACUGUCCUGCUGCUGCGUGGUGUCACCCUCCCUGGAGCCAUGGAUGGCAUUAAGGCCUACCUCAGCGUUGACUUCCGACGACUCUGUGAGCCUCAGGUCUGGAUAGAUGCUGCCACUCAGAUCUGCUUCUCUUUGGGAGUGGGGUUUGGUGUGCUAAUAGCCUUCUCCAGCUAUAACAAAUUCAGCAACAACUGCUAUAGAGAUGCCAUCAUCACCAGCUCCAUCAACUCUCUGACAAGCUUCUUCUCUGGCUUCGUCAUCUUCUCCUUCCUGGGGUACAUGUCCCAUAAACACAGUGUACCACUCGACAAGGUGGCCACAGACGGUCCUGGUCUGGUGUUCAUCAUCUACCCAGAGGCCAUAGCUACAUUACCAGGCUCCUCAGUCUGGGCAGUUAUCUUCUUCAUCAUGUUGCUGACCCUGGGCAUCGACAGUGCUAUGGGAGGGAUGGAGUCAGUGAUCACAGGAUUGAUGGAUGAGUUCAAGUUUCUCCACAAACACCGGGAACUCUUCACCCUCUUCAUCGUUGUGUCCACCUUCCUCAUCUCACUGUUCUGUGUCACUAACGGUGGUAUCUAUGUGUUCACUCUGCUGGACCAUUUUGCUGCUGGGACAUCGAUUCUCUUUGGAGUGCUUAUUGAGGCCAUCGGAAUCGCCUGGUUCUACGGAGUGGAUCGGUUCAGUGAUGACAUUGAGGAGAUGAUUGGACAGAGGCCAAGCCUGUACUGGAGACUGUGCUGGAAGUUUGUCAGCCCAUGCUUCCUCCUGUUCAUGGUGGUGGUGAGCUUCGUGACCUUUAACCCUCCUAACUACGGGACAUACACGUUUCCCAUAUGGGCCAACAUGAUUGGCUGGUGCCUGGCUAUAUCCUCCAUGACCAUGGUGCCUCUCUAUGCCAUCUACAAGAUGUGCACCUUACCUGGAAAGUUCUGUGAUAGACUGGCCUAUGCCAUAACACCUGAGCAUGAACACCACUUGGUGGAUAAUGGAGAAGUUAGGAGGUUUACGCUCCAACACUGGAUGGUGAUCUGAGCCCAGGAGGAAGGCAGAGAGGUCCGUUCACAUGGAGGAGGGAGGGAUGGAUGGAUGGAAGGAGUCACAGCAGACAUGUGAAGAGAGUAUAUACACUGUAACAAGAGGAGAGAUAAGUGUUUUAAAUGGCAACAAAGCUGUAAAAUCGUAGUGGUCUUUAAUUUCCUCAAUGGACGUGUGGUUGUGUGCUGUAAUCUAGAUCAGGAUGUUGUUGACGUUCGGUCAAUACAGAAAUAAAUAUCAAUCUUAAACUCUAUUUACAAUGACUGUUAUGAUGAUGGAUAAUGUUGUACACCAAUAUCUUCAUGUUUAUUUUGUGAGCUGAGAAAAAUCAGAGCAUUUGCUUAGUGUAAAAUGCUGAUGACAUAUUAAAUUAUUAUCUGUUGUAGAGAAAACUAAGAUAAAUAGUAUUUCAGAACCAAUAUGUCAUAGCCAAUAACAACAUUACAUUCCUGCAUUUUAUUGUAUCUGUACAUGUUUUAAAUUAAGUUUGUUAUAACACAUAACAGCUACAUAGUAAGCUAGCUUUUUAUAUUUUGCCAACAGUUUCCUUUGACACUUGAAAAAUGUGUUGUCUGUUACUUCUCCUAUGGAAAUGGUUUCAAAUGUACCGGGAGUCCGAAAUGAUUGACACCCUUGAUAAAGAUGAGAAGAUAAAAAAUUAAAUACA